AUGCGCGCCAACACAGUAUUCCUAUUAUUUCACUUCGGCGUUGUUUUGACCGAGUCAGUGCGCAUGCCCUUACCACAGCCGCAGUUGUCAUUCCUUUGCCCUCCGAUCAAAGCGUCGCGAGUUAACUCUCGGAAUUGGAAAGAGCAAGCCACCUGUAUCAAUUUUAAAGCAACUCAAGAUCGAAAACCAGCAGCCUUUACCCUGAAGGUAUCUGAUUUUCUGGACUAUAAAUUGGAUUUGAACCGAUUCGGCCCGACAAGCUGCGAAAAGGGAAAACAAUCUUUGGAUUUUACCGUCACUUCGCAAAAUGGCGAUUUACUUCGAUCACGACACAAUCUUAAAUCCGGACGCACCGCGAUACAACUUACAUCGGCCACGCCAGAUUCCCACUUCUUAUUCUGUUUCAUAAACCUGGUCUACGACGGGUCUUGGAAAUCAAUUGACAUGCACAAAGAGAUAACUUUAACGUUAAUAAACCACGAAACAGCGCGGCCCAGAUUAACGGAGCAAAUUACAAUUAAUGCAUGCGAUUCUGUGGUUGACUCUGCUAAUAUUUUGUUUUCGUUGGUUAACGAGAGCGAAGGUCAAGAGUUAUUUCAGCUUGAGCAGGAGCGUCGCGAUAUUAGCGAAAACACAUUUUCCUGGCUCUUCAGAUUUCAGUCUUUACUGUUAAUAACGCUUUCAAUGGCAAACAUUAUGGUGAUAUAUUACUUGAGGUCUCACCGGAAGCCAGCAGGGCCUCUCAACGAUAAAAGUAGUUGA